UAUAACCCCGGCUUUAACCAAAGCAGACGUACGUGCGUUAUGUAAAAACGAAUUAUAGGAAAAUGAUUGCACUCCUUCUGAUAUUAGUUGGGCUCGGCUGGGUUUUAGUGUUCCGGUACAGACGGAGGAAUAUGUAUAAAUUGGCAGCGGCUAUCCCGACUCCUGACGAGACAAACCUGUUAGUUGGCGUGGCCCACAAAAUGAUGGGUAACACAGAGGAAAUAAUGUCGUCACUUCAAAGAUACAGCUACGAUUCCAUGAAACACAAUGGCAUAGUGACUAUGUGGUUGUUUCACAUUCUUUACUUUGUGUCAUCAAAUCCUUUUGACUUGGAGGUAAUUCUGAAGACCUGCUUGGAGAAAGACGAUUUACAUAGAUUUUUUCGACCGGCGAUAGGGUAUGGCGGCAUUUUUGCACCAGUGUCGAUAUGGCGAAGACGUCGAAAAAUUAUGGUGCCAGCGUUCAGUCCGAAAAUAGUUCACAGUUUUGUAGGAAUAAUCUCUGAGCAAAGCGAGAAGCUUGUUUCAAGUUUGAGUAAAUGCGUCGGCAAAGGGAUGUUCGGCUCUUGGCCUUUUCUAAGCGCUUACACAUUGGACUCUGUUUGUAAAACAGCAAUGGGCGUGAAUAUCAAUGCACAAGCAAAGGCUGACUCAGAGUUCUUGAAAUCUUUGAACCGUCUUCUUAACGUAAUCUGUGAGAGGAUAUUUCAUGUAUGGCUGCAUCCGGAUUGGCUUUUCAAACAGUUUCCUGUGUUUAAUGAGCACCAGAAGUGUAUUAGAGUAUUGCAUGAAUUUAUUGACCAGGUAAUUCAGAAUAAAAGAGAAGAGUUUCAGAUGGAGAAGAUUUCUAAAGAUCUAGAAGUGGAUACUCAUUAUGAUUUAGGGUCACACAAAAGUAAGACAUUCCUGGAUCUUCUGAUUACGUUUUCUGGAGACGAAAAAGGUUAUACUAAUGUCGAACUACGAGAAGAAAUGCUAACAUUGACAGUGGCGGGCACAGACACAUCAGCAGUCGGUAUUGGAUUCACACUGGAGCUUUUAGCUAAAUACCCUAAAAUACAGGAAAACAUUUUCCAAGAAUUGUACGGAAUUUUCGACGGUUCGGAACGUGCCUUAGUUAAAGAAGAUUUAGAAAAGAUGAAAUAUUUGGAAAGAGUCGUGAAGGAAUCUCUCAGAUUAUUCCCUCCAGUUCCGUUUAUCAUAAGAAAAGUUUUAGAGGAUACGAGACUGCCAUCUGGUAACGUUUUGCCUGCCGGUUCAGGCAUAUUCGUUUCUAUCUGGGGAAUUCAUAGAGACCCAAAGUACUGGGGUCCAGAGGCGGAACACUUCGAUCCAGACAGGUUUCUACCGGAGCGUUUUAAUGUCGAGCACCCGUGCUGCUACAUGCCGUUCAGUAGCGGCCCCAGGAAUUGUUUGGGUUAUCAAUAUGCAAUGAUUUCGAUGAAGACUUCUUUAUCUGCGAUAUUACGUAGAUACAAGGUAGUGGGUGAACCGGAGAAAGGUCCUGUUCCUCGAAUCAGGGUAAAGCUGGACAUCAUGAUGAAGUCAGUGGACGGAUGCCAGGUGGCUUUGGAGAGAAGGCCGACCAAAUUAUGUUAAAGAGAAAAUUUGUUGCUGAUAUCGUCUUCUCGCAUUAAAACUGUAUAAUCUCAAAGCUUACUAAUUUUACAGGAGAGUAUUUUAAAGGUUUAACAUGUGAUAUUUUUAAUAUUAAACAUCUUUAAAACAUUAAUUUUUAAUUUUUUAACCAGUUACAUUAUCAGUAUUUUAAAGUAAGAUAAAAUUAUGUAUUAAUUUUGUUAAUAGUAGUAAAAUAUAGAUUAACUAAAAAAUAAAUAAACUAAAAGUAAACUACGCUCUUUUGACAGUAUUUAUGAAAAAAAUACUGGUGAUAUCAAAUUAUUCCGCAUAUUAACUCAAUUUCGAAUAUUUUUGGAAUUUGUACACUUUUAAUGCGAAAAGACGAUAUUUCAAAUAGAACAUUUCAUGUUUGAAAUAUUAUAUUACAUUCAUUGAAUCGGUUUGUGCGCCACUUAUUCAUCCUUACAGGCAUUAUGUCAGAUAUAUUCAAACACUCUCAGAAUUUUGAGUUUGAUGUUCAACCUAACCCAUACACAUAAACCACUGCGUUUCUCGCCGGAUCUUCUCCUAUGGGUCGCGAUUUCAAUCCGGUGGUAGCGAAGCAAUGCUCUUGCUAGGGCUAAUGUUAGUAAGUUUUCCUGGGUUGAGCUCCGUGAGCUCAGCUACCAACCCCCUUAGGCUCCCACCAAUCAAGUAGGAAAAAACUCUUAGAAAAUAUGCCUUUGUGAUUCAUAAAAAAGGCGUUCAUUAUAAACCGAGUAUAUCACGUUGGAAUGCUGAUAUCACGAAGCAUUUGAAUUAUACAAGAAUGAUAUAUGGAAGCAUCCAGUUUUAUAUUACUAAUCCUCCCACAAAACAAAGUAACAUAAUCUAAAAUCCCAUUACCAUACCCAAUUCCAUUCUAACUCCUAGUUAUUAUGUGGCCCAGUGUUAAUAUAGCGUUUCCUGUGUAGGUGACAUUUUCUUUAUCUACAAUCUUCAAACCCCUGCUAGUACAAUUUCUUUGCUUCUUAUCGUCGAUUACGAGAGAUGCAAUUAAAUAUGCUUUAUGAGUUUUCUGUUACAAUCGAACGAUCACAGAUGGUUUUGUAUUUUUGUUUUGUUCGUCUUGUCAUAUUGUUUGCCUUGUCGUAUAUGUAUUUGCUAAUUUAGAUAACUUUUUUAUGAUAUCAAACCAUAGGGUCUGGGCAUAUACCUUUAUGCAUGGUAUUUGGUGAUCUGUAUUUGAGUGUAGUUGUUAAUAUUUGGUAAACGUUUCCGGCACGCAUACACUAUAAAAUUCCAGCUCGAUGCCGUGUGUACAUAUUAUUAUGUAUUUUUUUGUUUUGAAUAAUAAAUGUAGAUUAUCACACUUAA